AUGGAGACUCCAGACACAGACGGUGGAUAUAUACCUAUGCAGUCAGUACAAAGCUUUCGAUUGUCCCUGGAGGAAAGAGACGAAAAUAUAUACGAGAAUCCAAUGAAAUACCAGAAAUGCAGCUGGAUCAGUAAGGUGUGCCAGGUUGGGAAGCAGGAGUGGGGACACAUUCUGUGUCUGGGCCUGCCUUGUACCGUCCUAGUGGUGGUCAUUUUGUUGCUGGCCAAGAAUAACAUGCAAAGAGAUCAACUUCAACAGAACUACAUCAACUUGACGAGAGAGCGAGAGACACUGCAGAAAAAGCUCUACCAGCUGGACAAAAUUCAAAUAAACUUAACUGAAGAGAAAAAGAGACUACAAACAAACAUUUCUGAACUGGUGAUCCGUGAACAUAACCUCACUCACAUUAACAGAGAGUACAGAGAGAAGCUCUUUGGCAUGGGAUGGCAUUACUUCAAACCCUCCUGGUACUACCUGUCCACAUUGAAGAGGAACUGGAGUAGUAGCCGACAGUACUGCAUAGACAAAGGGGGAGACCUGGUGGUGAUAAACAGCCAGGAAGAACAGCUGUUUCUUGCUGAAUUGUCUGUGCUAGCCUGGAUUGGCCUCACUGAUACGGAUACAGAGGAUGUGUGGAGAUGGGUGGACAACACCAACCUAACCGAGACAUACUGGGCCAUAGAUCAGCCAAAUAAUCAUGAAGGUCAAGACUGUGUUGUGAUUUGGGACAGAACCAACCGUCUACAAACAUGGAAUGAUGAAAAAUGUGACAGAAAACUACAGUGGAUAUGCGAAAUCUGGUAA